AUGGCCUCUAGUUCAGUUCCUUGUAAUCAAUGGAUCAAGGCUAACAUUAUGUUCUACUUCCAUGGAGCCAAGGGAGGAAACUUUGCCAUUGUCUCAGACGAAAACCUCCACAUCAACGUACAAUUCAUCGGGACUCGACCAGAAGGAAGGACUCGUGACUUCACAUGGAUUCAAGCCAUCGCAAUCAUGUUCGACAGUCACACCCUUGUUAUUGGAGCAAAGAGGGUUUUCAAGUGGGACGACAAAGUUGAUGCUCUCAUGGUGAAGUGGAAUGGUGAGUCAGUUGACAUUCCUGAAUAUGGAGGGGCUGAAUGGGUUAGGUCUAUUGGAGAAAAGGAAGACAGGCAUCACUACCAUAUACCAGCUGAUGAUACUUUUGCUCACUUGGAGACACAGUUCACAUUUUCAAAUUUGUCUGAUCUCGUGGAAGGAGUUCUAGGGAAGACUUACAGACCAGGAUAUGUUAGUCGAGUAAAGAGAGGAGUUCCAAUGCCAUUGAUGGGUGGAGAGGAUAAGUACAAAACCCCAUCACUUUUUUCACCUCUCUGCAAGGUUUGUAGCUUUCAAACUACUGCUCGUCAAUCUGGUGGGCUUGCAAUUACAACUGGAGUGGUUGCAUAA